UAAAAAGUUAAAAAAGCGAAUAAAAAAAACCAAUAACAAGCGUUGUCUGUCGGGGAAGGUGCCUAUCGCUUUUGCUUUCCACUUCGCGCAAAAAUUGACCCAGCAUAUUCUCUUCAACAGUCAAAAUAUAAAAUCCGAAAAUUAAAAAUUAAAGAAAAUAAAAUCUCUCUCUCUCUCUCUCUCUCUCUCUCUCCCUCUUUCCCUCUUUCUCUCUCUUUUCUGCGAAAAAAAUCUCGACGCGGGUGAAAAUUGCAGAAACCCCCAACCGACGCUAGCAGAGCGUCAGCGUCGUCUCAGCUCAAAUCAGGUUAUCUGGUAAGCUUGGAAUUUACCAUGGUAUGUUGACGUUAAUGCUUGGUGGUGUGUGAAGCUAACUCAAUGGCAAUCUAUGGUCAAAGUCAGCAAGGGAUCAUGCUGAUUCGGUGGUGAUGAAAAUUUUGGAGUUGGUUAUUAGUAAAGAGGUUUAAUUUGUCACACAUGGGUUUGCGGUAUAUAGCCAUCUCUGCAGUAUGUACGGCGAUAAGCUUUGCGGGUCUCCAAUUGUGGACAGAAACUUCUUUAGUUAAACUAAAAUCAGAUGGACUAAUUGGAGAUAAUUUGAUUCCUGCGGCCAAUUUUGGACAUGUAGUUGAUCUGCUUUUGGGUUCUUACGCCACUGUUGGACUGCUGGCAAAUUUUGUACUCAAUGCAUUUGUUUUACUCGUUCUAUUUCUCAAGACUAUAUUCUUUGUGGAGUUGUAUCCUUCUGAAACUCGCAAAUUGGUCGAACGCCUUAUCAAUUAUGUUAUUUACAAGGGCACGUUUCUACCACUGGUUAUUCCUCCUACGAUAUAUCAUGCAGGCCUGUGGUCAGUCUGGUUGAUUGUUCUUUGUUCUCUAAAGAUGUUUCAAGCUUUGGCUAGAGAUCGACUUGAACGAUUGAAUGCAUCUCCUUCUGCCACACCAUUGUCAUAUUUUCGUGUGUAUUCAGUGUUAUUGUUGGUUCUCACUGUUGAUGUUUUCUGGAUAAGGCUGUGUGUGGUGAUAUAUAAAACUCUGGGUUUAUCCAUGUUUCUCUUGUUAUUAUUUGAGCCUUUCAGUAUUGCAUUUGAAACACUGCAGGCUAUUUUGGUGCAUGGAUUUCAGUUACUUGAUAUAUGGAUUCAUCAUUCAGCAUGGAACAGUGAAAAUUGCGAGAGGUCCAAAUUAUUUGAUACGUCAGCUGCUGGUUUAUUGUUGGAAUGGAAAGGCAGUCUUACUCGGAAUUUGGGCUUUGUCCUAGACAUGGCAACAUUGUUAAUGGCACUUGGUCACUAUGUGCAUAUUUGGUGGCUUCAUGGCAUGGCAUUCCAUCUAGUGGAUGCAAUCCUUUUUCUAAACAUACGUGUAAAUAUUUGUGCCUUGCUAAGUGCAAUUGUAAAACGUAUAAAAGGGUUCGUCAAACUAAGAAAAGCCUUAGGCGCUCUUCAUGCAGCACUUCCAGAUGCAACGUCUGAAGAACUACGAACAUAUGAUGAUGAAUGUGCAAUUUGUAGGGAACCUAUGGCUAAGGCUAAAAAACUACACUGUAGUCACCUUUUUCAUCUUGCGUGCUUGAGAUCUUGGUUGGACCAAGGUUUGAAUGAGAUAUAUUCAUGUCCAACUUGUCGCAAGCCACUUUUUGUAGGCAGAACUGAAAAUGAAGUACAUCCCCGCAAUGAAGAAACUUCAAGUGAUGAGCAGCUUGCUCGUCAAAUAAGUUCAGGACUUGAUCGACAAAAUAGUUCUGGACAUACAAUACCUACUGGCGCAUUCCCCAAUCAGGCUCAGAAUCUUACAGAAGGUGGUCCAUGGAGGGGUGCAGGACUGGAUUCAAAUUGGUUGCAUAAUUGGCCAAGUGAGGGAGUUGAUGGGGCAGGUCCUUCUACUGCUAUCGGAUCUGUUGGACUGGGGAGAGUUCAAAUGAUGAUGAGGCAUCUUGCAUCUGUCGGAGAAACUUAUGCCCAGACGGCCCUUGAAGAUGGUGCUUGGAGCCUAUGGCCUAUGAGUCCCUCUCAGGUUGCUGCAACUGGUCCAUCUAAUCCUCCUGCUGAUGAUGGAAGAUACCAUGGAGGAGCACGGAGCUUGCAUAUUAGAACUCCCACACGUACUGUGAAUGACAACCUAGCAAACAUACUUGCUAUGGCUGAGACAGUGAGGGAAGUUCUGCCUCAUAUGCCGGAUGACCUAAUUUUCCAGGAUUUGCAGAGAACAAAUUCUGUUACGGUUACUGUGAAUAAUCUUCUCCAAAUGUGACAAGGCGUUGUAUCUUCUUUUGUUGUAAUGUGUUGAAAACUACUAAAGAAGUAGUUGAGGUCGUCUAAAUACCCACAGAUCUUUCUCUGUAUCCCCCAGUGUACAUAAAGGCAGCUCACCGAAUCACUUUUACUAAGAGGAAGAAGGAAAGAGGCACAAGUAUAGUUACUUUUUUUUGUAAUUCCCUGUGAAAAAUAAAUUUGCAAUGUUGAUGUAUGGUUACAGAUGGAUAGGUUGUUAUUUUCCUAUGUGGUUUUGAAUUCGCCAUUCAGUUGGUUCGGCCACACAAGUUUUAGUGCUUAGACAAAAUCUCCUUUGUGCUCUCUUUCGUUAAUCAAUUGUGUAUUUGUUUUCUUCAUCAACAAGUGUGGUGAUGUUUGACAGUAUUAGUAGUAUAAAGUUGCUCUGUUGUGUGA